CGGUACCGGCUGGUUAAGGAAGAAAAUUAUUCUGCCGGCAGUAAAUUUCCCGCCAAAUCGCGUACUUAACAUCAUUCAGACAUAAUCGUAAUGGCGGAUGAUGUUGAUGGUGCAUUUACUGUUGGUGAAAAGUUUGCGAGCUAUAAGGAUUUAUGUAAUAAAUUAGAACGUUUUAAAGCAUCACACUUCGUAGAUUUAUGGAUUAGAGAUUCUCGGACAAUAAAAGCUUCUCAAGGGAGAGUAAAGAAAACACUAAAUCCUGAGUUAAAAUAUUAUGAGCUAAAACUGUCUUGUGUUCAUGGUGGUCGUAAAUUUCACUCAGAAAGUUCAGGAAAACGCUCCUCGCAGUAAGUAGAUAUCAAUAAGUUAUUUAUUUCUAGCUUUUUAUUGAAAAUAAUUUCUGCAUAGUAUUAGUUUAGCAAGCUCUGUUCCUCUGUGUUCACCUAGCCUAGCUAGCUACUGUUCUUUUUUCUUUAUUGCAGAACACUGAAGAAUAACUGCCCAUUUAGUAUCAAGAUUAGGGCAUCUGCAGAUGGCCAAACUUUAGAAGUAAAAGAUAUAGUUGAUAAACAUAAUCAUGAACUCAACCAGGUAACUGCUAGCUAC